GCGAAGCUCCAGGCCGCCAGUUAAAGCGCAGAGGGCGAGGGCGGACGGCCACCGUCUUCUCUGUGCGCCCGGCUCCUGCUCUCCGCCGCCGAUCGUCCCUGCCCAGCUGCGGAGCUGUCCCUGGAAAAGAGAGUCUCCCCACUCCUGUCCGUGGAUAAAGAGGAACUGUGCUGGAAGCAUGUGGCCCAUCCUCAGAGGCUGGAAGAGGGGACGUGUGAGUCCACGUGGAGCCCUGGCACGGGCUGUGCUGGGCCAGGCAUGGCACCCCUGUGGCCGUGCCGUGGGCAGCGCUGCCUCGGUGGGCCAGGAUGAGUACAGCUUUGUGGUGGUGGGUGCGGGCUCGGCUGGCUGUGUGCUCGCCAACCGUCUCACCGAGGACCCGGACCACCGGGUUCUGCUGCUAGAGGCCGGUCCUAAGGACGUGGUGAUGGGGAGCAAGCGUCUCCAGUGGAAGAUCCACAUGCCUGCCGCCCUUGUAGCCAACCUGUGUGACGACAAGUACAACUGGUACUACCACACUGAGGCACAGCCAGGCCUGGACGGCCGUGUGUUGUACUGGCCACGCGGCCGGGUCUGGGGGGGAUCCUCAUCCCUCAACGCCAUGGUCUACAUCCGUGGACAUGCUGAGGACUAUAACCGGUGGCAUUCCCAAGGUGCCGAGGGUUGGGACUAUGAGCACUGCCUGCCCUACUUCCGCAAGGCACAGAGACACGAGCUGGGACCCGACAGGUACCGCGGUGGUGACGGCCCACUGCACGUGUCUCGGGGCAAGACCAACCACCCCCUUCACCAGGCCUUCCUGCAGGCCACACAUCAGGCUGGCUACCCCUUCACCGAAGACAUGAAUGGCUUCCAGCAGGAGGGCUUCGGCUGGAUGGACAUGACCGUCCACCAAGGGAAGCGCUGGAGCGCAGCCUGUGCCUACUUGCACCCGGCACUGAGCCGCCCCAACCUCAGGGCCGAGGUCCAGGCCCUUGUGAGCAGAGUGCUGUUUGAGGGCACACGUGCAGUGGGUGUGGAGUACUUCAAGAACGGCCAGAGCCACAAGCUGCUCAUGCUCUCUGGCAUUGGAAACGCAGACGACCUCAAGAAACUGGGCAUCCCUGUGGUGUGCCACCUGCCUGGAGUUGGGCAGAACCUGCAGGAUCACCUGGAGAUCUACAUUCAGCAGGAAUGCACGCAUCCCAUCACCCUCCACACGGCCCAGAAGCCUCUGCGGAAGCUCAGCAUCGGUUUGGAGUGGCUCUGGAGGUUCACAGGGGAUGGAGCCACAUCCCAUCUUGAAACAGGAGGGUUCAUCUGCAGCUGGCCUGGGGUCCCCCACCCGGACAUUCAGUUCCACUUCCUGCCUUCCCAAGUGAUUGACCACGGGCAGAAACCCACCCAGCAGGAUGCUUACCAGGUACAUGUGGGAACCAUGAGGGCCACAAGUGUGGGCUGGCUCAAACUGAGAAGUGCCAACCCUCGGGAGCACCCUGUGAUUCACCCCAACUACUUGUCAACAGAAACCGACAUCCAGGACUUCCGUCAGUGUGUGAGGCUGAGCAGAGAAAUUCUUGGGCAAGAAGCCUUGGCUCCCUUUCGGGGCAAAGAGCUGCAGCCUGGAUGCCAUGUCCAGUCAGACCAAGAGAUAGAUGCCUUUGUGCGGGCGAAAGCAGACAGUGCUUACCACCCAUCCUGCUCCUGUAAGAUGGGCCAGCCCUCUGACCCCACUGCCGUGGUCGACUUGCAAACCAGGGUCCUUGGGGUACAAAACCUCAGAGUCAUCGAUGCCUCCAUCAUGCCCAGCGUGGUCAGUGGCAACCUGAAUGCUCCCACAGUAAUGAUUGCAGAGAAAGCAGCUGACAUGAUUAAGGGGAAUCCUGUACUCUGGGACAAGGAUGUUCCUGUCUACAAGCCGCAGACUCUGGCCACCCAGCGUUAAGGCAGCCACGGCCUGAGGAUCAUAGAGGAACUCAUGUCAAGAGAUCCAACUCAUACGGCCCUGCCCCCAGAUAGUUCCUGAAACUGUGUAGAACCUUGGGACCCAGAUAUCCCGACUCAUGGCUAAGACCUUCAUGGUAUCUGAAGAAAUAAGGCCAUGGUAGUAAGUGAGGCAAGGAGGAAGACUAGCCUGCACAAUGGGAUCCUCCUCCCGACCUCCGGGGGUUAAAAGUUCAGGAGGUUAACUUUUGCAUGAUUUUCUCACCAGCCCUCCAGCCAUCUCCAGUCCAGUGUUCUGCUGCCAGGAGUGGAAUGAUCCCUUCCCUGGCCUCCCACCUCAGGCCACUUCUGCACAGGCAGGGUGCUUGAACUGGACUGGGUUCUCCAAGGACGCUUUAGCUGAGGCCAAGAGCCAGGGCUGGUACCUGAGCUCAUGUCCACGAUGAGAGGAAAGGCAGCCAGCCGGAGGGUGCUGGCUGUCCCUUCUCCUGCCUUGACUCAGAUCUGAAGAGUGGGGUGCAGGGGUUGGGGCUCAAGUGACCGCACAACUCACCUGCCUUGUCCUGACUGUCCUGACAAGAAAACGAAGACCAGUUUUUCUAAGAUGUCCAAAGCCACCAUCUAUAUUAGGGAAGAAAAGAAUCACUGUAUAGAAACCUGCAUUACGAGGCCUAGAAAAGAGGGGGAUAUCAGAAUCCCAUGCUCCAUGAGGGUUGACUGGGAGUGGCCGGAGCCGCCGUCUGGACAUCUGAGAAAGGCCUUUCAGAAAGGUUGAAGUAAACCACUGCAUUUCUUUCAAAAACCAGGUUGAUUUUGUUUCGUCUUACCUGUGCCUUGCCUUCUUUUUUUUGCCCACCGUGUUCCAAAAGAAAGUCAA